AUGUCAGCAAGCCUAUGGUACGCGUACAAUCUGGUACCCCCAGUGACGUUGCCGGGUCAGCCAUCCCUCGCACAGCAGCUCUACGACUACGUCCUGGCCAAUCAUCUGGACGUCCCCUGGGUCCAUCACUUCAUCGAUGGGCAGGGUACGGCGGUGCAGGCAGCAUACCGGGCGAUGCUCGACGACGUGAGCAACCACUUCAACUUCCCCGUCCGAUUCUCGACGGUUGGAGUGGAGGCGCACCGCAGGAUCGUCAACAUCCUGAUCCGGGAGGCUCGGGAUCUGCAGAGGUCGUUUCCCUUAUCCUUCGCAGGGGCAAUCCGUUACCGGGAUCUGGUUCUUGUCCAUGUGAAUAACGGAGUUCAAUAUGUAACGAGGACCGGAAACUUCCAGGCUAGGCGGCAAAAUCGGCAACCCCUUCCACCAUCACAAGGAAUCCAAGCGAUUCCACCAUCACAACCGGCGCCACAGGGGCCUCAAGCGUCAUCCUUCUUACCAGCAUCACAGGGACUGAACGCAUUAUCAUCACCAGCAGCCACGCAAGGCCUCCACGGGAUUGUAUCACCACAAGCGUUCCAGGGGAUUCAAGGGCAAUCCGGACUAUCAGCGCCGCAGGGCGGGCAAGCACUAGUAUCCCGGGAUCUGCGCCCGGACAGAGGCAAUCGAGACCGCCGCACGCGAAGCCUCUCACCCUUACGCGUUGAUCCAUUCAGGGUUGUUGUGGCUGGUCACAGUGCCGAAGGAGGUCGUGCGAGAUACCGAGCGCGUGAGGAAGUAUCGGCUAGUGUGAACGACGUCAUGGGAAGCGACGAGGCCAUCAAUGUCGACGAAUCGCCGUUUGAUGACGAAAACGUCGAUCGCGUGAUCGAAUGCGUAAUGAGGUUGAUGAAUACGCAGGAAGCGCCGGCCAAUGAACCCACCGAGGAUGAGUCCGACAUCGAAGAUGCAGAUCUCUCAGAGUUCCUCCGGCUUCUACAUGAUUCGGAAAACACUGGUCAAACGGAAGACCACCCACAUGGAGGCGACUCGGAACAGUAG